ACCGGGAAAUGGGAAUAAUGGACGUCCCUGAUUUGAAUUUGAAUAUCCACAAGACCUUAAAAAUUUGAACUAUUCGGCGUCUUCCCAUCAAGUUCACGUCAAAAUUUCAAAUCACUUCCCUCCUUCUCAUCUUCGCUCUUUGGUCUGAGACUGAAAUUUCUUCUUCGUAGAAAAACCCUAAGAUUGCUAAUCAAUCCCAACAUGUCUUCUGUGGUACCGCCGCCGGCCCCCGGCCGAGAACUCUCGAACCCACCCUCCGACGGCAUCUCAAAUCUUCGGUUCUCCAACCAUAGUGAUCACCUGCUUGUCUCCUCAUGGGAUAAGAGUGUACGAUUGUAUGAUGCGAGUGCCAAUGUGCUCAGAGGAGAGUUCAUGCACGGUGGACCUGUGCUUGAUUGUUGUUUCCAUGAUGAUUCUUCAGGAUUUAGCGUCGGUGCCGACAAUACAGUGAGGCGGUUAGUCUUCAGCUCUAAUAAGGAGGAUAUUCUAGGAAGGCACGAUGCACCUGUUCGUUGUGUAGAGUACUCUUAUGCGGCAGGGCAAUUGAUCACUGGUAGUUGGGAUAAAACCCUGAAAUGUUGGGACCCUAGAGGAGCAAGUGGACAAGAGCGCACACUUGUUGGGACAUACCCACAACCUGAGCGUGUCUACUCUCUUUCCUUGGUUGGGCAUCGUCUGGUUGUAGCAACAGCUGGAAGACACGUUAAUGUUUAUGAUUUGAGGAAUAUGUCUCAGCCUGAACAACGGAGGGAAUCUUCAUUGAAAUAUCAAACCAGAUGCGUGCGCUGUUACCCAAAUGGAACAGGAUAUGCACUUAGUUCAGUUGAAGGGCGAGUUGCAAUGGAAUUUUUUGAUCUCUCAGAGGCUAGCCAGGCCAAAAAAUAUGCUUUUAAGUGUCACAGAAAAUCAGAAGCUGGAAGGGACAUUGUUUAUCCUGUAAAUGCCAUAGCAUUCCACCCCAUAUAUGGUACGUUUGCAACUGGCGGUUGUGAUGGUUUUGUAAAUGUAUGGGAUGGAAACAACAAGAAGAGGCUAUACCAGUACUCAAAAUAUCCAACUAGCAUUGCAGCACUUUCAUUUAGUAGAGAUGGACGCCUCCUGGCUGUUGCAUCAAGCUACACAUUUGAAGAGGGAGCUAAACAGCAUGAACCAGAUGCCAUCUAUGUACGCAGUGUAAAUGAGAUAGAGGUCAAACCAAAACCCAAAGUCUAUCCGAAUCCGCCAGCGUGAUUCCUGAUGAUCAUAUUGAAUAUAGUAAUUAUUUUCUUUUUACGGAUUAUUCUGGCUACUUCUCCCAAUUCUUUGUGACUUGGGUAUGUAAACUAAUUUUGUGCUGCCAAUUUCUAGAUACCAAUUGUGGCAAGAUUUUAGCUUUUCUACUGUUUGCCCGGUACCUCCACAUUCAUGGAGAUACUGAUGUUGUAAAAGUUGACUUGAUGAGUCCGGUCUAGUGAGAUGCCUGUCCUCACUAUUACAUGUGGUGGUUUACCUGCCAAUAGAAUUAAUCAAUGCUCAAAGUAUUAGUUUGGAACGGAUCCAUUAAAUCUCA